AUGGCCGCUGCAAUAUCGUCUACCGACGGCGCUCUCCAUAUGGCGACAACGACAGUCAAAGUAGGCGGCAUGACCUGCGGUGCCUGUACGUCUGCUGUAGAAAGCGCAAUCAAGGACGUCCAAGGCGCCGGGGAGGUUUCUGUCAGCUUGGUCAUGGGCCGGGCUGUCGUUCACCAUGAUCCAAAUGCACUGCCUCCCAAUAAAAUCGCGGAGUUGAUAGAAGACCGAGGGUUUGACGCCGAGGUCCUAUCCACAGACAUGCCUCAAAUACCUGGUGAGGGAGAUACGUCGCGGAAUUCCUCGUCCGUGACAACUAUCGCUAUAGAAGGAAUGACAUGCGGUGCUUGCACCUCCGCUGUCGAAGGCGGACUGAAAGACGUCGCUGGUAUUCAGUCUGUCAACGUUUCACUACUCUCGGAACGCGCAGUCGUUGAGCACGAUGCCUCUGUUGUGACUGCCAGUCAAAUUGCCGAAAUAAUUGAGGACCGGGGGUUUGGCGCAUCUAUAUUGGACACGAAAUCAGCCGAACCUGCUGCAAGGCAAACAUCUGAAAAUUCCACACAAUUGCUGUCUACGACUGUAGCAAUAGAAGGUAUGACAUGUGGCGCUUGUACAUCAAGCGUGUCCAAUGCGUUCAAUGAUGUCGAAGGCAUAGUUCAAUUUGAUAUCAGUCUGCUUGCCGAACGCGCCGUCAUAGUUCACAAUCCAGAGAUUGUAUCAUCCGAGAAAAUUGCUUCCAUGGUUGAGGAUGUAGGCUUUGACGCCCGUGUAUUAUCUUCUCUUCCCCAUAUGGGAGUCGCUCAAAAGACAACGAAGUCGCUUCGGCUCACAUUGUACGGGUUGGAUGACUCUGCCUCUGCAUCGGCCUUGGAGGAAAAACUCAGGCAAAAGCAUGGAAUAUGUUCGGUCUCAAUAGAUGUUUCGACUUCUCGUGCAACUAUCGUACACAAUCCUACAGCGCUUGGAAUCCGUUCUGUGGUGGAAGCCAUCGAAGAGGCAGGCUAUAACGCGUUAGUGUCUGAGUCCGAAGAUAACAACGCUCAACUAGAGUCUCUUGCAAAGACAAAGGAAAUUCAAGAAUGGAAGCGAGCAUUUUUGUUCUCUCUCACCUUUGCAGUGCCUGUAUUUCUCAUCACAAUGCUUUUGCCCAUGGGCCCGAAGUUUCUCAAUUUCGGCAAUAUUCGCAUUUUCCCAGGUCUCUACUUGGGUGAUCUCGUUGCUCUGUGUCUCACAGUACCGGUUCAAUUCGGUAUCGGCAAGCGCUUUUACAAAAGUAGUUACAAAUCGUUGAAGCACCGAUCUCCGACGAUGGAUGUACUCGUCAUGCUGGGAACUUCUGCAGCUUUCUUCUUCAGCGUUUUUACUAUGCUUUUUGCCAUUUUCAGCGGCUCGGAUAGUCGCCCGAGUACGGUUUUUGACACAAGCACCAUGCUCAUAACCUUUAUCACUCUUGGAAGGUGGUUGGAAAAUCGGGCAAAGGGCGAGACAUCAAAAGCUCUUUCUCGAUUGAUGUCUCUAGCUCCUUCAAUGGCUACUAUUUACGAAGACCCUAUAGCAGCCGAAAAAGCAGCCGAGGAAUGGAAUGAAAAAGACUCCAAUAGUGGAGCGCAGCAAACGGCACAGGCUGGUCUGAAAGUCGUGGCGACUGAACUCCUAGAAGUUGGGGAUAUUGUGCUUUUACGACCAGGUGACAAGGUCUCCGCUGAUGGAGUUGUCACCCAAGGGACAAGUUACGUUGAUGAAAGUAUGAUCACCGGAGAGGCUCGCCCUAUCAGCAAAAAGAAAGGCGAUGCUGUCAUUGCUGGUACUGUCAACGGUGCUGGUUCCCUUGAAUUCAAAGUGACCCGUGCCGGUAGCGACACCCAACUAAGCCAAAUUGUUAAGUUGGUCCAGAAUGCCCAGACAAGUCGUGCUCCAAUCCAGCGCAUGGCGGAUACCGUUGCUGGGUAUUUUGUUCCUAUCAUUAUUACGCUAGGACUGUCCACGUUUGUCGGGUGGAUAAUCCUCAGUCAAGUAAUGCCCCAUCCCCCGAAGAUAUUCCUGAUGCCAGAAAACGGCGGGAAGAUCAUGGUUUGUCUCAAGCUGUGUAUCUCCGUCAUUGUAUUUGCAUGCCCUUGUGCCCUGGGAUUGAGUACUCCCACUGCCGUCAUGGUAGGCACCGGAGUUGGCGCAGAACACGGUAUUCUUUUCAAGGGCGGUGCUGCUCUGGAAGCCGCCACCAAAGUCAAUCACGUUGUCUUUGACAAGACCGGAACUCUCACGGCGGGUAAAAUGAGCGUUGCCGAAACAAACUUGGAGCCUACGUGGAAGUCCAACGAUUGGCGCCGUAAGCUCUGGUGGCAAGUUGUUGGGCUUGCUGAAACCAAUAGCGAACACCCAGUAGCAAGGGCUAUUGUCGCGGCGGCGAGAAAGGAGAUGGGGAUUGCCGAUGGUGAACCUUUAGAUGGAAGUAUAGGCACCUUUGAUGUGACGGUUGGCAAAGGUAUAUCAGCCACUGUAGAACCCGCAUCAAGUGUCGAGCGAACUCGGUAUCGUGUUUUGAUCGGUAAUGCCAUACUACUCCGUUCCAAUGGAGUUACUGUCCCUGACUCAGUUGACCCCACGACAACUACAUUUGAUGGAAAUGAUUCUUCUGCUGCACCAAAAAUGGACGAAUCUGCUGGCUUCACACACAUCCAUGUCGCCAUCGACGGGCACUACACAGGUACUAUUUCGUUGCGAGACGCGCUCAAGCCGAGCGCAGUAGCAGUCGUUGCGGCUCUUUAUAAGAUGGGCUAUCAUGUGUCAAUUGUUACAGGUGAUACCUACCCUGCUGCAUUGGCAGUUGCUCGCAUUCUUGGAAUACCGGGGACUUCUGUUAAAGCAGGAGUAGCGCCUAGUGGAAAGAAGGAAAUCAUCGAAUCCUACCAAGCCUCCGGUGACCAUGUGGCGAUGAUUGGUGAUGGCAUCAACGACUCACCAGCCCUCGCAACUGCAUUAGUCGGAAUCGCACUCGCCUCCGGCACCGAUGUAGCUAUGGAAGCUGCCGAUGUCGUUCUCAUGCGACCAGACGAUCUCCUCGCUGUCCCAGCAAGCCUUUCUCUCGCUCGCACCAUCUUCAACCGCAUCCGAAUGAACCUAAUCUGGGCUUGCAUUUACAACGUCAUCGGACUCCCAUUCGCCAUGGGCGUUUCCCUCCCCUUUGGCGGAGCACCGCUACCCCCCAUGGCCGCUGGAGCGGCCAUGGCAGCAUCCAGCGUUUCCGUAGUAGGAAGCAGUCUUCUACUCAAAUUCUGGAAGCGUCCCAAGUGGCUGAACAUUCAACAACUAGAGAACGAUGCAGCUAUGGGACUAUCACAAUCAUCACGCCGAGAUUCGCGAUGGAAAACGAGUCCAUUCAGCUCUGACUUUUUUGUUGCCACCAACAACAGACGCCGCGGCACCAUAUCCCGUCUUCGCUUCAUGUUUACGAAACUCGUCUUUGGCAAGCAGUCGAAACAAGCCCGGGAAGACGAAGGAUAUGUGCCUUUACAGACCGUUGAAGUUUAG